AUGAUAAUUUAAAGUGAAAGAAAUAUUAGUUCACGAAGAUCCAGUAUUGGACCAACAUUCACAAGAAAUCCUUCAUAUAUAUAAUAUAGAAAAUAAAAUUCAGAUUGCUCUAUUUAUUCAGAAUCAAAAGACUAAGCUGAGUCAAUAAAACAAUUUAAAUAAGAAUAAGAGGAGAGAUAGUCAAGAGCUUAGUCUAUAUAUAGUUCAUUUACUGUAUUAUGCAUUCUAAAGUUAGAGAAAAUUAUUUUCAAAAAGUGGAGAGAACAAAAAAUAAUUUAGUGAAUCUGGCCAAGUUACUAACUUUUUAAAACAAAUCAAAAGUAAAGCUAUAGUGAAUAGAUUUAUCUCAAAUCUUUUUAGGAAUUCAUACAUUCUACCUUAAAAAAUGUAGUCAUAAAUCUAAGAUGAGUACAUAUCUAAAUUUACUUCCUAUUCUAGAUAACUAUUGAGUAAUAUUUAUUUAAUAUAUUAAUAGAUUCAACAGAUAAUCCUUAAUUUAUUUAAAUAUUUCAACCAGGUAGCUAAUUGUUAAUGUAUUGGGAUUUGAUUGGAAUUAUUAUAAAUAUGAUUUCUUUAUGGUUAAGCCCUUUUUAAGCAGCUUUUACUUAUCAAGCUCCAGUCAUUUUAAUAGUCACCAUUAUUUGGUAUUUAUUUUUGGAGAUUUUGGUGAAUUUAAAUAGAUCCACCAUUUCAUUUGGAGAAAUCAUUAAUACAAGAAGUUAGAUCAUAAAACAUUAUCUUAAAGGAUAAGGAGCAUAAGAUAUUAUAAGUCUUAUAAUUUGGAUAAUAAUAUUCAAUAAACCUGAAGAAAGUUUAGUUUUUGAAGUACUUCAAAUAAUAUAAAUAAUUGUCACAACUAAAAAAAUAAUAACAAAUUUUGAUAAAUUUUUUGAAGCUUUGUAUUCCAAAGGAUAAUUAUCAAAUUUAAUUGAUUUAUUUUCUCUUGUAAUAACAAUAUUCUUUUUUGCUCAUAUAACAGCAUGUAUAUGGUAUUAUGUUGGAUUAAAGAGUGAUCUUCUUUUAGAUAAAUCAUGGUUAAAGAAAUAUGAAAUUGAAGAUGAAAGUAUAAUGAUGAAAUAUAAUUAUUCAAUAUAUUGGGCUACAACUACUAUUGUAACAGUUGGUUAUGGUGAUUUGACACCUUAAAAUUGGAUAGAAAUAGUAUUCACAGUAAUUAUGAUGUUUUUAUCAAGUUGUGUUUAUGCAUAUUCACUCAAUUCUAUAGGAAUUAUUUUGAAGAAUAUUUAAGAUACAAAGUAUUAAUAUAAAAAAAUGCUACUCAGAAUUAAUGAUUAUAUGGACAAAAAUAAAGUUGAAAUGGAAUUGUAAUUAAGAGCUAGAAACUUUAUUAAACAUCAUUUAUUUGAAAAUGAAAAUUAAGAAAGUUAAGAAGAAAUUAAUAAUAUUAUGGAAAAACUUCCAGAAGAUUUAAGAAAUCAAAUUACAAAAUCGAUUCAAUUAAAAAUACUUAAUUAGAUAACAUUUCUUAAAGAUUUGUUUUCAACUUAAGCAGUGACUGAUAUAUCUCGAUAUCUAGAAACUUUAUAUUUAAUUUCUAAUGAUGUAGUGUUUUCAUAGAAUGAAUCUACUGAUUCUAGUUUGUAUUUUAUUUGAUAAUAAAAUAGAUAUUUUGUCCAAUCAGGAUAAAUUGCUAUAUUUGAAGAGAAAUCUAAUAAAACUUUAGUAACAUUAAAUAGAGGUGAGAAAUUUGGUGAAUACUCAUUUUUUACUGGACUUUAUCCAAAAUAUUCUGCUAAAUGUGUUAGUGAUGCAGUUCUUUAUAAAAUAUAAAGAGAAAAAUUCUUAUAAAUAAUUUAAUAUUACUAAAAAGAUUUUUAAAGGUUUCAUAAUAUAAAAGAUUAAAUACUUCUUAAUUCUGAUUAUUCAAAGUGUAUUUCAAGUUGUUAAAAUUGUAGAUUAUUUACUCAUGAAAUAAUAGAUUGUCCAAUAUUAUAAUAUAAACCAAAUUUAGAACAAAGAUUAAAAGUAGCAGCUUAUAAAGAGAAUGAAAAUCUAAGAAAGUAUUAAAAAAGAUCAUUACAUAAAUCUAAUUGUAGAAAACUUUGUAAUAAAAUAGAAUUAUCAAUUAAAGCAUUUCAAGAUGAAAAUGAAUCAAAAGUUUAAAUUUCUGAUUAUUAAUCUGGCAAUAUAUAUAAAACUACUUUUGAAGAAAGAGAUAAAUAAACAUUUGAAGAACCUAAAUCUAAGAUAAUAAUUAAUGAUUAAGAUCAUAUUUCUCAAACUCAUUUUGUUUCAUCAAAUUAAGUAUAAUAGAAAAGACAUUAAACAUAAUUUAGACCUUCUAUUAUAGCGUAAAUACCGAAAAAAAAAAUGACAAUCCUUUAAUAAGAAUUUAAAUCUUAAAAUUAAUUAUUAAAUAAUUCAAUCAAUUCUUCAUAAUUUAAUAAGCUUUAAUCUGAUUUAUUAUUGGUAUCAUUUCAUUAAACUAGCUUGUAACUUGAUUAAAUGAUGAAUUAUAAAGAAUACAUGCCAUAAAAUAAUAUUUCAGCAAUUAUCAUAUAGUUAGAGAAGAAUAAAAAUAGAUAAUAUAAAAGAAGAAAAAGGGAUUUAGAAGAUUUAAAUAAAUAUACGUUCUAUCAUUAUGUGAAGACUACGGCAAUUAAAAUUAGAAGAGCUUAAAGAAGGAUGGCUUUAUAAUGGUGA